AUGUCAAUUUUACUUAUUGAUUCAUAUGACUCUUUCUCCUCGAGUUUUCGACGAUUACUUGAAAAAGCUACAGAAUGUAGCGUAAUCACAAUUAAAAAUGACACGUACCACAUUCCAGAGGACUCAAAAGUAUUGGAUCAACUUCUACAAAAUGUUAUGGCGGUAGCAAUUGGACCAGGACCAGGAUCACCUUUGAAAUCUGAGGAUAUUGGUGUAAUACCGUACGUACUUACUAAAAAGGACUUGCCUAUUCUGGGGGUUUGUCUUGGCUUUCAGUGCCUUUGCCUUGAAAAUGGCUGCAAAAUGAAAUAUUUAGAUCACCCAGUUCAUGGCCAGACUGCUGGGAUACAAAUUACAUCUCGAAAGGAGCCAUUAUUUGAUGGAAUCCCGAGGAAAUUUAGGGCCGUGAGAUACCACUCAAUACACAUAAUACAAAAUAGUGAUUCUACACCUUCCACACAAUCACCAGAGAUAAUUCCUUUGGCAUACUGUUAUGAUGAGGAUAAAGAGGUGCUGAUGGCUGCCAGACACAUUUGCUAUCCACACUUUGGAGUUCAAUAUCAUCCGGAAUCUAUUUGUUCUGAGUUUGGACUUGAAUUGGUUAGGAACUUCUGGAAUAUUGCACAGAAAUUUAGGAAGAGGGAUGAAUUACGUAGAGAGGAUUUAUACAAAUUUGGAAUAGGGUCUGUGACUUUAGAGAAACGCAAUAUUCAGACAGAUUACGACUCGCAACUGACAAAUCACCAACUUCAAUACAUUUAUUUGAACAAAUCAAUACACGAACCUACAGUAAUAUGUGAAGCAGUAUCGCCAAACUUUUUGCUUCUCAAUAGUUGUGCUAAUCCGGGUGAAUGGUCCUUUAUUGGUUUACCGGAAGAGGGAGUUAGUGAAGUACUUACACAUUCGAUUUAUGAGCCGAAUGUAGUUAAGAUAUCAAAGUGGAGGCAAACGGGGCAGAAAUCGUUAAAAUUAGAGACACAAACAACAGUCUGGUCUUUUAUGAGCAAAUAUAUGGGGAGGCAUAAAACAAAUUUUGACGUGCAAGACGAAUUUGUGGCUGGAUGUCCGUUUAAAGGUGGAUUAAUUGGCUUUAUCUCGUAUGAGGAAAGCCUUUCGUUGAUAACAGACAUUCAUAAAAACACUUUGGAAACGAAUAAAUCAGAGCCAGAUAUAAAGCUGUGCUUUAUUGAAAGGUUCAUUGCCAUAAACAGAAAAUCAGGUCGGACGGUUAUAGCCUCAAUAAGACCCAAAGAUUCCAAGUGGUUGGAAACAAAUGCAAAAUUAAUUGAAAAGUACAUUGAUGCAAGGAAAGAUAGAACGGAAAAGAAAGAUUUUAAAGAAAUAUCCAAGGGAAUGAAGAUGAGGAAGCCCGACAAAGCAGAAUAUAUCAGAAACUUUGCAAGUUGUCAGCGCUUUCUUCAUUCCGGAGAUUCGUACGAGUUGUGUCUUACGACAACUACAAAGUUGGAAAUACCAGCGGAAACAAAGCUAUGGGAUAUCUAUCUCGAGAUGAUACAACAUAAUCCUUCACCAUACUCUGUAUUCUUUGAUUUUGGUGAUUCACAACUUCUUUCGACGUCUCCUGAAAGAUUUCUUUCUUGGAAUAGGGACAAGUGUCAAAUGCGGCCGAUAAAGGGUACUGUAAGUAAGAGGGACACAAAAAGCUACAGAUGCGCAUGUGAAAAGCUUCUUAUUCCAAAAGAGAUGGGGGAAAACCUUAUGAUUGUCGAUUUGAUACGCCAUGAUCUCAGUUCAUUGCUGGAAAACGUGAAGGUGAAGCAACUUAUGAAAGUGGAAGAAUAUCAAACAGUCUACCAGCUUGUUUCUGUGAUUGAAGGCAAGCUUAAAGACUCCAAUUGUCAUGGAAUCGAUGUAUUGAAGAGUACGCUACCACCAGGAUCGAUGACCGGAGCUCCGAAAAAACGAUCAGUAGAGAUUUUGGAGAAAUUAGAGCUAUAUAAGAGACGUGGAAUAUACUCUGGAGUGUGUGGAUAUUGGUCCGUUGAUGAUAUUGCUGACUGGAGUGUCGUGAUAAGAUCACUUUUUGGGUAUAACAGGGAGGAAAGUGGGGAUAAAACGCUUUAUUGUGGUGCGGGAGGAGCAAUUACUGUAUUGAGUAAUGCAGAAUCGGAAUGGCAGGAGAUGAACGAUAAGCUGGAUAGUGUGGUAAGAAUUUUUGAGAGGGGGUUAGGGAUGAGUUAG